AAUCAUUGGUGGCGUCUACUGAUCAGCAAGUUCAAGAAGUAUAUCGUAGUGCGCUGAACUUAAACUAGUGAUUAACACGUUCCGAAAGUAUGGGAGUUUAAUAGGAAGGGAUCUAAUUAUCAUCCAACCACAACACAGCGAGUCUUGAACGGACGAGUGUAUUGGAACUCGAUCCCUGCUUCCUCAUUCAUUUCAUUGUCCUCAUUUGGCACAUAAUAAUGGGACAUGUUUUCAAGCUGCCGUGAUAAUAUUCUGAUUCUUCACAGUAGAAACACGAAUCAACAAUACCAAUUUUAGCUUCCUUCGAUAACUUGACUCGCUGGAUUCCCAUUUGUUACCGUGCACCUAUAUAGUUGCCUCGCCUCUGCCAUAUGAUUUUGUAUUGAUUUGUUACAUAUGUGGUAUGGAAUUAAUACCUCUCAAAAUUUACGACGGGAAGGACCUAUAUUCUUCAGCAUUUUCUCUUUUGUUAGGACAAUUUUGGGUGUUCAUCUGUGUGCCAGUGACGUAAUCAAUGUUUCUUCUUAAUUCUUCUCCUCCUCCUUCGCCUCUCCUUCUCCUUUGUUGCCCCGGAACGAUUUUAUCUUACGAAUAACGGUUUAAUGCAGAAACGAAGACCAUGCCAACACUUGUGUCCGUGAAAUUCUCAACUCGAUCUGUGCCGAGGAAAACCUUAGCCCGGGAAUCGUGAUAAAUUGUUGCAAUUUAAUCAACAUAAGUGUACGCUCCGACAGAAUAUCGUGGCAUGGCAUUGUUAGCAUCAGGACAGUCCGGUCGAAAUAAAGAUAAAUAGUUUGGAAACAAGAGUGAAAGAUAAAGUUCAUGUUAAACUUUGAGGAGGAAGUUGGAGGCCAUCACCACGGGCCUCUUUUAGCAACACGAGAGGACAGGCUUGAUAACGGAAAGUUAGAGUUCCGACAUAUCUCCACUGAUAGUGGCUACGUGCUUGGUUGAAAAUGGAACAAUUUUAUCAACCCAUAAACCCAACGGGCCAAUCCUUGAAUGUAAGCAAAGGAGGCACCGAGGAGGUCGAGUUCGAGUUUUCGACGGCCAGUCACCGGGUUCUACUUGCUUCGCUUCUACUCGUUAUAUCCAUCGUCAGUUUCCUUGGCAACGCCCUGGUCAUCCUCGCCGUCGGGCUCUCCAGGCGAUUGCAGACGACCACCAAUGUCUUCGUCAUCAACCUUGCCGUGGCCGACAUCGCCAUCACUGUGCUGUUGUGGUUCCACGUCGCCACACUGUUAACAUUCCAAGGUAUGCCAUUCGCUGAGCUUGUCUGCAUGGCCGUUGCUGCACUGUCGUUGAUUUGCCUCGGGACCAGCGCAUUAUCGCUAACCCUGAUCGCCUUUAAUCGAUACUUUUUAAUCACCCACAAACCAACAUCGUACAUCAAGAUCUACACACCUCUGAAUAUCAUCUUCAUGGUAAUAUUUUCGUGGUUAUAUCCUGUACUGAUCAUUAUCAUUGGAACCCAGACUGGACUUGGAGAUCUGGGCUAUUCGCAUAAGUAUAAAGUAUGUACGCAGGAUACAUCACAUGAGAAUGCGGACUACUUGAGUCUUCUGGGAGGACUCUCUGUUCUAACCCCAGCGGUUCUGCUGAUACUUGCCUGUUACGCAAAGAUAUACUAUCACGUUACCAGCCACAAUCGUCAACUCUAUCGAUCACGGAGUAUCGAUGGUAUGUCGGAUAUAACUUGUACAACGGGGGCUGUUUCACCCGAUCAGCGUCGCCUUUCACGAUCGCCGCAUCAGAUGGGCGAUCCUGUAUUGCACAACGAAAGCAGCGCGAAUUCGAACGAUUACGAGAACCAGAACGGAGCCGUCAAUGGUCUAGCCACCGUUCUCUCGCUUGAGAAAAAGCGCGCGAAGAAGGUGCGCAGACAACAAGUCGAAAUAACUAAGAAUUUAUUUCUGGUAAUCUGCGCGUUUCUACUCUGCGUCUUGCCGGCUACUAUCGGAAGUCUUAUCCCGUCAAGUGAUCCAGCCAUCCCGUGGAUUACGCUAAUCCUCGUCUUUAACUCGUGUAUUAAUCCCUUUAUAUACGCAUCCAGGCAUCCUAACUUCAAGACUGUCUUCAAGAGCAUUCUCUCAUGUCGCCUGGCUUCCGUGCCUGAAGGAAGCUGGAGAACCAAACGAUCGAGAUCGCGUUUCAGUCGCCAAAGAUCGUUCAGAGUUUGACGCAAGUAGUUCAGAUUAUGCCUACUCGCGAAGGACUGCGUCAAAGUUGGUCCUUCUUGCGUCAUUGAAGACUAAAGUCAUUGUGCAUCAAAUAUACAUUGGCUUGUGCCAACCCUUAAAUGUGUGCACGUUAAUUGUGUUAAUGAGGCGACUGGACUAAGAAGUGUAAGGAGACUUAAUGCUGAAUUACCAUCAAAAUGAUGUUCGAGAAUGAAAAAAAAACUAUCAUGGCUACAGGCCGACCGGCCCCACUUCUUUAAAGCACCAACAUUUCUUUUGAUUUAUCAAAGACAACGCAUCAGAAAAAGUGAGCCCAUUUGAUAACUGAUUUAGAGAUUAAGCGGUGAUCCGAAAUGGUCGAUAAUGCCACAACUAAGUUCCCGAUGGUCACGAGAAUCAAGAGCACAUUGCGCAGGUGAACAUAUGAGGCAAUGCCGUCCGUGAAAACUGACAUUUAAGUUUUGAUGUGAAUAUUAAAUUUGACGUGUCAUUCUCUCGGAGUGCAAUAGUCAUGUGACUGAUCAGUUGACAGAACCUGGAUGGAAAUGUUAUUGUCGGUUGACGGACCGUUGAAAGACCACUGAAAGACUUAAAAUUGGUGAGGUCUUACAGCGGUCUUCAAGAUCACUGAAAUUUGUCAUCUCUGUGGAAUGGCUCAGAAAGACCCCUCAAAGAACUCUGAAAGACUGAUGGAUAUUUCUUGUCUUACCGGUCUUAGACUAGUCCUAUAGAGAUCUUUCAAUGGUCUUUCAUAGAUCUUUUAUGGAACAAGCGGUCUUUCAGAAUUCUUUCCGUGUACUUUUCCUGGUCUUUGCCUGGUCUUUCAAUGAUCUUUCAAUGAUCUCUCAUGAGUCUUACAGUGAUCUCCGCAAAAAUCUUGAGAGACUGCCGAAAGAUCAUUGAAAGACUAUUAAGACCUUUGAAAGUUCAUCGAAAGACCACUGAAAGACUGCUGAAAGACCACUGAAAGACCAUUUUCCUGUAAGACCGUUGUAAGACUGUUUUGAACCGUUUCAAAAAGUUUUGGAGCCCAUGAAGACCACGAAGACCACUGAAAGAUCGGUCAGGACUUGUGUAAGACCUCAAAGACCAUUGUAGGUUCAUUGAGAGACCUCUGAAAGAUCAACCAAAAUUCAUGGUCUUUCAAAGGUCUUUCAGCGGUCUUGAUCUCUGUGGAAUGGGGAUUUUAGGGGAUCUUAAUUGAACGUUGCAUUUGUCGAAUAAGGAGAUUUGGAUCAUGACUAGUUUCAAAACUCCAAAGCGAUCUCUUUAAUUGUGCUUGAAUUUAAUCUGAGAUGAUGGGAUCAAUUCAACAUUUAAAGUCAAUCAUUGCUUGCGUGGUUGUGUGAUAUAUGGCGUGAAUGGCCGUCCAUAGUAAUCAAGUGAAUCGGGAACCUUUUUUUCCUGGAGUGAAUUGUCUUCCAGUAUACCUGUAGAGAGUUUCAUGAAAUGACUUGUCGGACGUUUUAUCCGACAAAGUAUGUAUCAGCGGAGAGUUACCGUAUGAACCGUAUUUCUCUGUCAAUCAAAAUCAAGGAAAAAGCUGACUUGUUGAAUGAAAAAGUAUUGGUGAAACGCAGUACAGUACAGAAGCAAGGUAUAAUCCUCAAUCUCCUCGAAUCAAUUUGAGAACGUAUAAAUUGAUCGGACAAUAGUUGGCGCUAUUUAAAGCUUGUGACCAUGUCAUACGGGGUGCAGGCACUCUACGUGUGACAGAAAUUUCGUGUGAGAAAUGUCAUUGAAUUGUUUUCUUGUAAUACCAUUUUUGAAAAAAAAUAACUUGUCAUCAUUGAUUAUGAAUAUUAAGUAGGAUAAAUAACAGACUUAAGUUAAUAUCAAAUUUAUCAUGCUGAUGCUGAAAAUCUUUGAAAAUUAAUAAUUAAGUAAUUGAUUAAUGAUUAGUAUUUUUCUUUAUGGAUACUGUAUAAGCUUUCGUAUCAAAGUAAUCAAUCUUCGCGACGAUAUUACUAUGGGAUAGAUGCGAUGAAUGUUGCCUUAAACUUGCCCAACCUAUCAUCUAUGUAGUGAGAGGGGGAAACGGGUUAUUUCAAGUACGGUGUUAGUGCGUUUGGUGUUUUGGGAAAACAAACACCUGCCCCAAAACGAGCUUUAAAUAGGUAGCUGCAUGAUGUUCAUAAAUAUCAUUUGGUGCUAAGUUCUUGAUUAGCUUUCCCCAACAGUCCGAUUCACGUUUUCAAUAAUAAAAUAGAAAUUACACGUCUCAGACCUCUCUUUAUAAACUUUUUUCGCUCAUUUAUUAAUUUUGUUAAAAACCCUUUUUCCCCUCCUUAUUGUUUCCAAAGAAUAAGCUACAGUUUUAUAUCAAGUAGCUUUCUAUACAUCAAUUAAUAAGUUGAUGAUGUUACCAAAUUAAGUGUCUUUGAUUCUACCAAAAGAGCGAGAAAAAUGGUUUCGUUAUUAUUGAAAUGUCAAAUCUAACUAUGCUAUAAGCACAGAAAUAAGAAUAAAUAUAAGCAAUAGUGAAUAUCA